CUGCUGUGUAUCUAUUUAUAUUAAAAUGACUAGGUCCCAGGACUCCCUCCCCCAAUCACUAGGCCACAGAGCCACACUCCCUCUUGCUCAUUCCCCUUCUGUCCCUCUUGCCCUCAGCAGAAGGGUGGAGGAUGCUCUCAGUCUGGCCCAGCAGUUAGGCCCCUGCUGAGAGGUAGGAACUCCAGAACCCCCUGCUCUGAUCCAUAGUCUGCUCCACUGCCAGAGCUGCAGGAGAACACAGGAGUCCUGAUUACCAGCCCCUCCGCUCUAACCCACAGGACCCUAGUCAUCUUCCAGAGCUGAGGACAGAAUCCAAGAGUCCUGAAAGCCGGCUUCCCUGCUUUCCCUUGCUCCAUCCAAUGCUUCUCCCACAGACAAGAAUAGACCCCAGGAGUCCUGGCUCCCAGCUUCACGCCCUCCUGCUGCUAAGUGAAGCACGGUGCUCUGCACAGCCAGGCCAGCUGCCUGUAGGCUGUGCUCAGUGACACCAGGUUCUCUCUCCCCUGGUGCAGGGACAUGGGGGUGAUUAGACAGUGCCCUGUGGCUGGGAUGAAAGUUCACUCUCCUGUAUCUUGCUGCACUUGCAUGGAGCUGUUCCCCAGGCGCAGCACGUCCUGUGUCCCUCAAGACUGGCUGCCCUGCCCUGCACCCAUGGACUCUACUGCUCCCCCAGCUUAUCCCAAGAUGAAGGUUUACAGGGACAAAGAGGAUGUGACUCUGGAUCCCGACACAGCUCAUGCCAGCCUAGUCCUGUCUGUGAACCGGAGAAGCGUGACAGCCACAGACACGCCCCAGUCUCUACCCAACAGCCCUGGGAGGUUCAAUGUGUACUCCUGUGUGUUGGGCACUGAUGGCUACAUGUCGGGGACACACUACUGGGAUGUGGAGGUGGGAGACAAGCAGGGCUGGGCCCUGGGUGUCACCAGGGAGUCUGCCAACAGGAGGGGAUGGUUUGAUUUCAGCCCUGAGCAGGGCACCUGGGCCAUCCAGCUCUCCAUGGACCAGUACCGGGCAGUCAAUGCAGAAUGGAGCCUGCUGGACCUGCCGCAGAGACCUAGGAAGAUCCGUGUGUACCUGGAUUGUGACAGUGGGGUUGUGGGUUUCUAUGAUGCGGACACCAUGGCCCCCAUCCACGCCUUCACUGCUUCCUUCUCUGGGAAAGUCUGCCCAUUCUUCUGGGUCUGGUCUGUGGGGACAUCCCUAAAUCUGUGCCCCCCGCAGCCCACUAUGAACUGAGGGUUUGGCUGACACUCAAAGACAUUGCUAUAAGAAUAUCCACAGACCCGGGUGGGCUCUGGGUCACAUCAUGUUCAAACCUAGGGAUCCUUCAACACGCCCAUAACCAGGAGAGUGACCAACCAGGUGACCUCCCUCUUCAGUGUUUCUCCCUGGUGCCCCAUGCACCUGGCCCAAACUCCCUGAUAAGACCCAGCUGGCUACUACUUUUUCCUACCCUAGAUUCUUUCAUGAGAGCCCCUUCAGCCAGACAGGCUGCUUCUCCAUCUCUCCUUUUCCCUGCUCUGCUUUGGACCCUGAUAUAAAGGAGAUUCAGUCCA